UUAACGGAACCUUUAUUAAAACUACAUAACCCAUACAAGCGGUAAUUUGGGCGAAAGGGCAAUGUACAUUUAGAUGGCUAGUUAACUAGCUACUUCUUGGGACAAUUUUCUGGCUAACAAUGUCAGAAGGGGACAGUGUUGGGGAGUCAAUCCAUGGGAAGCCAUCUGUAGUCUCUGCCUUUUUCACACGGGUUGGACAGAUCUAUCAGUCAUGGCUAGACAAGUCAACGCCAUUCUAUGCAGUGCGAUGGGCCAGCACUCUACUACUUACUGCUGUCUACAUGAUCCGAGUGUACAUACUACAGGGCUGGUAUAUAGUAACAUAUGCUUUGGGAAUCUACCAUCUCAACCUGUUCAUUGCUUUUCUAUCGCCAAAAGUGGAUCCUUCACUGCUUGACGAAGAUGAGGGACCAUCCCUUCCUACCAAGCAGAAUGAGGAGUUCCGCCCUUUCAUCAGGAGGUUGCCUGAAUUCAAAUUCUGGCAUUCAGCGACAAAAGGCAUCGUCAUCGCCAUGAUUUGCACAUUUUUUGAUGCCUUCAAUGUGCCAGUGUUCUGGCCUAUACUUGUCAUGUACUUCAUCAUGCUCUUCUGCAUCACCAUGAAGAGGCAGAUCAAGCACAUGGUGAAGUACAGAUACCUACCCUUCACACAUGGGAAGAGGACAUACAAAGGCAAGGACGACACAGGGAAAGCGUUUGCUAGUUAAAAGCUCCCAUUUACCCUUCCCUUCCUUCUCAUUUGAAAUUUAUUGGUCGCAGUUAGUCGGGACAUGACCAGGGUUAGAGAUUUAUUUUCUUUUACUUUUUUUUGGAAGCGGAACAGUUAACAUGAAAACAUCAUAUGAAAAAGAUCUGUGGUUAUAGGGUUUGGAGAGGAAAUGAGCAGCAUGGAUCAAAUUAGUCUGGGAAUAUUGCCAUUGUCUAUUAAGUUUUUGUUUUUGUUUUUUUGUUUUUGAUGACCACAAUCCUCAUUUUAGGAUUGGUCUGCAUUUGUUCAGUAGUAAGUGAGACUCAGUGCUACCUUUUGCCUUUUUCACCCCACUGGGUAAGUAUAAAGUCACCAAGCAAGGAACCACACUGAAAAAUUUGCAGUGAAAUUUGUGUUGUUUUUUUUUUCUUCUUCUGAUGAAUGAUGGUGAUUUCAGUGCACCUCCUUCACCCAAGUGAAAUAACUCUGCCAACGUUUGAUAUAUUGGUACCUACUUAUUUGUAACAAGUUAUACACUGAAAGUCAGUAGUGUUAGGAUCAAAAUAACAUGCUUAGAUGUGUAAGAUGAAAUCUGACGGAAAUGCAACGGUCUUCAAGUUGAAUCUCAUCUUUUGUGAUAAGAAUGUGUGGCUGCUCUGGCUCACAAGUGUCUCAGCCAGUUUUGGAGAAAUUAGUCACAUUUCACUUGAAUAUGCAUUCAUGAUAGGCAAAAACAUACACCUAUCAUCAUAGUUCAUGAAAUGUUCCAGCGUAAAUCAUUCUUCAUUGAUUUUUAUCUUGAAUAGGCAACUCAUGCAAUUAUGUGUAUUACCUGAUUCUAACUAGCAUAGCCAGCGGAGCAAGCGUCAAUAUUAAUGAUUAUCAGUGACUUUAUUUGAAUCUUCAGUCACCCACCACAUCAUUGAAUGCAUAAUUCAAAGUGAGUGUCACUAACCCCAACCAGUUUUGUCUCUUGUAGCCCGUAGUCUACCUUUAAUCAGUUCUUUCUACUUUUGCGCCUUUUGUAGAGUUUAACAGAUGGGAUACUGUGUCAUUGACCGCCCCAAAAAACUAAAUUCUUCAAUUAUUUUUCAUUUAGCUUGCAAUGGCAAGUCAAUGAAUUUGCUUUACCUCAUCUUUUCACACCAUUAUGUGGAUCAUUAUUCAAAACAAACUGUCUUCAAAGUGCACAACUAGUAUUUAAGUCCAGUUCAUAACAUGGUCUAAUCUGAGAUUAAAGUCAAGCAUAGACACACAGUUUACCCCGACGACCUUUUCGCUUCGAAACAUUACCAUCUGUGUUUCAAAGCCUGAAGUCCAUCCGAUUUGUGUAGAAUAGUUGUUGUAGUCUUUUAUAUUCUGUGUUUACUUUGAAAAAAGUUAUGAUAAAUAUAGUCAUUCCAAGCAAACCUUUGUUCUCUUUCUUUUGCAGAGGAAACAUAAGAAAACAGAGAUUGAGAGCUUUUAUUAUAACAAAUGGAUGAAGUGGGUGGCGAUCACACUUUCUUUUCUAUAAACCUGUUGAUUUGUUUCCCCAAUUUUAUCUGAAUGCUGGGGAUUAUCUGUCAUGACUAAACUUUGAUCAGCACUGUAGUAUGGGAUUAAAACAUUUUCCUGUAAAAAGUUUGUGUUUCAAAGGGUUGUGUGGAGGAUUUGUGUGUGUGUGUGUAUAUAUACAUAUAUAUAUAUUUUAAAAUAUGAUGAUUUUUUUUUUGAGAUUUUUAUUUUUUUUUCUUCCAACCACCAUACUGUUUCCAAGUAAUUUAAAUCCAUUUCAGUUUAAAUUUAUGAAAGCAGAACUGGUUAAUUGGGUUCUAGAUUUGAUUAAUUAAAUAUGUUUCUCAUGAAUUGCAUGUUAUUGUUUUUCUUGUGCUACAGUUAUAUACAAAAAACUUGAUUUUAAUAACUUAAGUGUAAUUUUUUCACUCCAAAUGCUAUUAAAGAGGCUGUGUCCCUUCGAACAGUA